UUGAGUAACUCGUCAACAUCCGGCGACACGUUUCCCCAAACAGCCUUAAUUCCCACAAGAUCUCCCUCUCCCUCUCUUUCUCUAUCUCUCUAUUCAAAUCCGAUUAUUGCAUUUUUUCCCCCAAAUCACCAUCCUACGUCUUUUUUGUUAUUUCACACGAUAUCCCAAUUCGAAAGCUAGUUAGUCAUCCAAGCAGAGGAGUACUUGAAAGCCCAGAUGGGGGAGGUGAGGAAGCUGCAGAAGAAGUUAAGGCAGAUUGAGAACCUGGAAAUAAAAAUCAGUCUCACACCAGAAGAAGAAUACAAGAUCUCCACGAAGGAGGAGCUGCGUCGCAGAUUGGCUGAGCUUCAGCUGCAGCUCUGUGGCCCGCAGCGAACUCUGGGGAUCCAGCAGGCAGACGGCGAGGAGUCAGAGAUGAAAAGACAUGUUGAGGACACCCCUGAGGCCCUUCCAUCACAAACGCCUCCGGCCUCAAAGAUCCUGAGGGGCGACGAUGCAAAGUGUAAAUGUGAAGCCGGGCCGACUCUGCCUGCCAUGCAGAGGACAACAACAGAAGGGGCGGUGAAGACGGCCCAGACGCAGGAAAGGACACAUAAUGUCACAGUGUCACGUCAUCGCAGGCGGGACAUGUCAGAAGGAUGUCCGGACCGUGACGACGACGAUGAUGAUGACGGGGGGCAGGAAGAUGAGUUCACGUCCCUAAAAACGAGUUGGCAGAAAGCAAAGUUCCGCUUGAGACUGUUGGAGGGUCACAAUGACAUCAUCACCUCGGUGGUUGCUGUUGACAACCUGGUGAUUUCUGGCAGCCGAGAUACCACCGUCAAAGUGUGGCACGUUCCCACAGCAACGGAGCACAAGAACCUUGGGGGUCACACUGGCGGGGUCACCUGCCUGUCUGCCCCUCCUCCUGAGUACUGCAAGAAGCUGGCCUGGUCACUGUCGUUGGCAGACAAGGAAAGGUUUAUUUUGAGCGGCUCGGCCGACUGCAAUGUCAAGAUCUGGGCCCUGGGCAUCGGGCAGUGUGUAAAGUCUCUCUACACUUUCAACGCGGUGACGGCACUCUGUUUUGUGCCUGAGGGAGAUGGCUACAUCAUCACUGGCUCAGACGGGGGCAAAGUUCAAGCCUGGAGCUGGCACACUUUGGACAACUGCCAGUCAAUCAGUGCACAUCAGGAAGCAGUCACCUCCAUCCAGUGUCAGGGGCCGCUUGUGUUCAGCGGUUCUGCCGAGGGUGAGGUGUCCGUGUGGGAGAACUGCUGCUCCGACCGAGACCCCUUGAGGCUUCUCCAUCGCUGGAGCGGCCAGGUGACGGGCUGUGGCGGAGGGCGUCUAACUCUCAGCCCCCGGGGGGACAGAGUACUACUGGCGUACGGUCAGGCGUGGAUCAAGAUCCUGGAUUGGAGGACGGGAACCGUAUCCAAGCUGACCAAUCACAGCAGCAUCACAGGCGUAACAGAUUGUGUCCACCAGACAUCCGGCCUCCUAAUUGGCUCCUGCUACGAUCUGGCCAAUGGAGAGAGCAUGCUAAAUUUAUUCUCUGUGCCUCAGUGUCGCUACCUGGCCUCUCUGACCUGGCAGCGAGCCCCCAGAAUGGUUUGCUUCGCGGCAUGGACCACAGGGAGCGGAGACCACCGUUGGGUCACGGGAGGGCGCGACCUCGUUGUGUGGGAGCAGAUCCCCAGCUCCGGGAAGCAGAGGGGGGACAUCACUGUGAGGAGAGACAGACGAUUAGAAUCGCCUCUGGAGUCCGAGGGGGACACGGAAAACGACGAGGAUACAGAUGAUGACGAACACCUUGAUGAUGAAGAAGAAGAAGACGGAAGACGGGGAGGUGGAGAAACUGAUGGCGAGGAUGGGGGGUCCGGCUCGUGGUUACGCUGCGUUCUCCAGUGAGGACAUGGAGACGAAAUAGACAGCGGAUUAAGAGCCUAUGCACACUUCUGUAAAUAUGAUUUUCACAUCAAAUAAAACUGUCAUAACCCCAAAGUUGCAUUUUUUAUAUUAUUCAUCACAUAUGAAUGCUGAAUUCUAUUUAUUAUUCAUUUCAUUUCAUUCAUUUUCUACCGCUUAUCCUCACGAGGGUCACAGGGGGUGCUGGAGCCUAUCCCAGCUG